CAACAGAGGCAACAUGGCGGCGUCCAGUACCGUGGAGACCUCUCCGGAGAUAUCAACGCCGUUAAAAAUCCCCAAAACCGAGGUGCCAUCCCCGGAGUCGGAGGAUUUGAGUGACAGUAACCAAUACCACUCCAACCCCCCGACGCCAAACCGCUUCUCGCCUCUGAACGUGGCCUCGGGCACCGCGGGCCGGACGGCGGCCUCCUCCUCCUCCUCCAACAGCUUCACCGCUUGCCGCGGGAUGUCAUGGACCCCAUCCGAGACGAACGCGCUCAUCGCGGUGUGGGGCAACGAGAGGCUGACGGAGGCGAGGAUGCAGCAGCUGGAGGUCGCGGGCACCGUGUUCUCCGGGAAAGCCCCCGGUCCUGCCAUGUACGAGCGGGUGUCCAGAGCUUUGUCUGAGCUGGGAUACGAGAGGACCCCCUCCCAGUGCAGGGAGAGGAUGAAGACGCUGCGGCGGUGCUACAGCCGCGUGAAGGAGCACGGCAUCGGCAAGCGGAAGAGCAGCUACACUUUAGAGCAGCUGGAGAAGGUGUUUGGUCAGGGCGGCUGGGACUCCCAGAGCUGUGCCCCCGUGCUGAUCAACAGCAGCGGCCUGUAUCAGGAGAUGGAGUCCGAUGGCAGCACCCUGGAGGACUUCUCCCAGGAGGACUGGUGCAACCAGGCGCUGGACUCCGCCUUCCAGGAGGGAGACAUGGAGACCGAAGAAAUCCAGGUGCCUAAAAGCCGAGCUCUACAGAUUCAAGCAGAGCUGUCGGAGCAAAUCCAAAAAAGGGACAUGAUGCAGACCGUGAUGCGCAUCCUGGAUUCAGUGGAGCUGAAAUGGGAGCAUUUCCAAACGUGGACCGACUUCUCGCGGCUGCACCUCUCCAACAAACUGGCCAUCUUCGGCGUGGGCUACAACACGCGCUGGCGUGAGGCCGUCCGGUACCACUACGCCGAAAUCAGCUCCCAGGUGCCGCUCGGCAAAAGGCUCCGCGAGUACUUCAACCCCGAGAAGCCCGAGGGCCGCAUCAUCAUGACCAAAGUUCAAAAGAUGAACUGGAAGAACGUCUACUACAAGUUCCUAGACAUCACCAUCAGCGAGGCGCGCUGCCUGGAGCUGCACAUGGAGGUGGACUGGAUCCCUGUGUCCAAGUCUAGGGAUCCAUGCUGCAGCAAUGGCACAUACCACUACCUCCUUCCAGGGGACAUCCCCAAGGCGUACGGACUCUACGCCGUCGGCUAUGAGGCGGCGUGUUCCUCCAGUGUCGCCGCUCACGCCUCUCCCCUGAGUGACAUAGAAGACCACAGCUUACCUCGGUGUGAUUCAGAAAAUGGAGCUCGGUGUCUGGCUGACGGAGAGGGAGUUGGGCAGAGUGACAGGACUGGGGCUAAAGUCACGUACUGCUACUUGGGCAUAGCUGAGGACAGGACCAUACAGCAGUGCCUCUUCCAGCACUUUCAGGGUUCCGGCAAACACCAUGUCCACGGGGAGCCCUCAGCGUUGACACAUUUCUUGCACGAGAACUCCCGCGGCCGCGACGCAAGUCAGGACGGCGUCGACUCAUUGCGACAUUUUAACAUUUACCUAAAAUUCAUUGAGGUGGAGCUGGACUUCCUCUCGGCAGGGUCCCUGGUGGAGUGCCUGGAAACCGCUGUGGGUUAUCCGUUGAAAUACAACAACAACAGAGACGCGUUUUAACCACACACGGCAGCGGCGACUUGAAUUCACUGAAAGAAAGCGAAAGAAACAUGAGGCGUGACCAAGUCUGUCAUGAAGAAUGGAUCCUAGAUGAGUUAGAUCCUAUAAUGAAUUCUCAAAAAUAACGAUGAAUGUGCACAAUAUGUCGGCUAUAUUGUGUAAAAACAUGGGAAUAGUAGGAUAACUAUCGAAGUAUGUACUUGUUCUUUUCAUCUUAUGUGCACUACAAACGUCUCUGCUGCUUAUUUAAUGUAAAUAAUUAUUGCUUCAUCAGGGAGUUGUGGGGUUGGAAAGGUGACUAUUGCAGUGCGCAUUUGUCUACCUCAGUAGGAUGUAGCAAAACAAAACAGUGAGGGGACCAGAGUGUGGAAUUUAUUCUUAGACUGCCUUUAACUUCGACUGUUGAGGCCUGGACCUGAAUCCACAAGAGGUCUCAACGCCUCUCGAUAAUCUCCGUGUUCUGUGCUCAGUCCACAGAGAACUGCAUAAGCUCGCAGGUCACACUUUAACAAUACGUGCCCGCAGUUUCAUUCGGAUUUAAAAUAAGGGUCCGUGUAAGAUGCAGAAGAUGCAGUCUGAAGUGAUGUUUCUAACACCGGGAAACAUUUUCCUGAUGAGUUAAGGAUCCCAGUUGCUCGUUUUAGGUCUACUUCAGCACCACGUUACGCUAAAUUCUGUAAAUAUGUCGCAAUUCAGAGGAGAAUAGAUUGUCCAAUAGGUGCCUGGUUGCAGGUGAAUGUGAACUUUGGUCUCAAAAACUGUCCUGGCACUGUUUAGUUGGUUUGGCAUUGCUCUAUUACUUCUUUGUAUGCACUCUAUAUGAUUUAGAGUCUGUGUGGAGGUCUGCUUCAACUGCACACGCUACAGGAAGGACAGUAUGUUGGGAUGGAAAACAAUUUGCGAUCAGAUCAUCAAACGUGCAAUUUCAGACAAACAUGGAGCCCUUUUUAAGUAUGAGUGGAACCGUGGGCAUGUAUUGUAUGUGUGAGGCUGUAAAAGUAUAGUGAGGCUAUAAGAGUAACUUGUUUGCACUUCUAACUGGGCUGCAGCUAGGAGAUGCUCCUAUGCAAAUGAGGGACAAAAUAUAAAUAAAUCAGUGUUGGCCAUUGUGGAAACCUGUUGAUCCAGCAGAGGGAUAGCAUGCUGUGUUAGCUGACCCGCAGUGGCAGCAGCUCAAUGCAGCAGUUAGACGUCAGACUCAUGAAAACAAAGUGUGCUGUGACUGAAUCGAAUGAAAAAUGUCUUGUGGUGUCACUAACAAAAUGUAAAUUAUAGGCCGGGGAAAACAGAAAAAGAACACCUGUACAAGUAUACACAUAUGAGGCUUGAACUUGUGACCUGAAACACAAACAUUUACUGAAUAAGGGAAAAAGGGUUUAAAGGUGCCAAAGUUCAAACUGUUUUGGGCAUACAAUUCUGAAAUGUAAGCCAAUCUCUCAUGGCAUUUUUCUUUUAUAAUAAAUAUUGAUUUAUUGAGCAAGAUUUGAAAGUGACAUUUAACAUUUUGACGCACUCAAAUAUCGGCUCAAAUAUCCGUGUCGAUGGCUUGCGUUGGGCGGUCCUUACAGUUGAGCAAAGACUGUGUUUAGUUUUCGGUGUUUGAUCGAGUCAGAGUGAUGGGAUUCAUCGUUUACCGCCGUUAAGUGCACACAGACGGUUCUUCACAACAUUGCUCAGCUGAAGCACAAACGAAUAAGAAUAGACUAUUGGCUUGUGUUUAGGUUUAUUUUCAUGCAUGGGAUGUUCAUCACAUUGAGGGGAAAACAAGAGGGACAUGUACUGCACACUUCAGAUGCUUAUUUCCUGUGUGUUUCUGGUCCUGAGAGUUUUGCACAAGCAAACACUAACAUUCAAAAAAAACACUGUGGGGACAUCAGAAAAUCUACUACUUUUGUGUUUGUGUAUCAUCAGCCAAAAAUCAGGAAAUAAGUGAUAAAACAUUGCAUAGUAAACCUAGUUAAGUAAGUACUGUAUGUAUCGGUGGCCAGUAUUCGGGAGCAUCUCUAGCUGCACUUGUGGGAUGUACGUGUCCGGUGAUUUCGCACAUAUCAGUGUUGCAGGAUGAUGUGAUUUGGUGCACAUGUGCAGGCGUAGACGAGGCCUCUACAGUCGCCCGCCUGUGCGUUUCACAUCAGAUUGAGAUUAUAAACUGCAGAGGUUUGUUCACCUCUGACCAAUAAUCAAAGACGAAUUCUUAACGUGAUUUUCAGAGGUUAUGUGCAAUGUGCCAGAGGCGGCUGUGUCGAGGAAAAAACAAACAAUGGACGGAGAAGUCGCCGAUUAAUCUAUGUAUAUAAAAAUCUACCUUAUAUCUAUAAAGAUAUAUAUAUAUUUAAGAAUAUCACUGUUCUCAAGCAUUCCGGCUUUUGCAAUCUUUGCGGUGUUCAUUUGUUUGGUUCUUACACAGCGUAUGAAGGUAAAUAUGAUAUUUUCUAUUUUAUUGGUUCACACAAUGUCUUGUAUUCGAUCGUUUCCAAGUCACCGUCUUGUAUGUUUACAUGUUUGAGAAACAAAUAAAAAAGGGGGCUUUCACUGUCAUUUGCCACACAGUGGA